UCAAUGGAAUUACAACACAGUCUAAGGCUGCAGCGUUUGACCCCACCUUUAGAGGAGAAAUGCCUGAGAAGCUUCUCUUCAGUGUUUGGAAUUGUUCCUCAAAGGAGAAACAAACUGAGAAGUUCUAUCAUAUCUUCAUCGACUUUGAAUUAUUCUGGCCAGUCAGCACCAAGAUUUUGGACAUCCCAGUUGCUGGUUCAUGGUCUCAGACAAAAGGGAUUAAAAGCUUCGAAGCUAGAAGAGUUGCUAAAAUUUGGUAAUGGAGAGGAAGAUUCAGGAGAUGAAUCUGAAUCUGAUUCUGAAUCUGAUGGAGGUCAUAAGAGGGAUGAUUACUUUCAUAUGGAUGAGGAUGAAAGGCGGGAAUGGCGGCGGAAGAUAAGGGAUGUCAUUAAAAUGUCUCCUGAUGUUGAGGAAGAGGUAGAUCUUGUUGAGAAAAGAAAAAAGAUGCAAAAGCUUUUGGCUGAUUACCCUCUUGUUGUUGAAGAGGAAGACCCUGAUUGGCCAGAAGAUGCAGAUGGGCGGGGUUUUAACUUGGAUCAAUUCUUUAACAAGAUCACUAUCAAGAACGUUAAGAAAGAUAAUGAUGAUGAUGAGAAUUAUGACAGUGACAAUGAAGUGGUAUGGCAAGAUGAUGAUUAUAUUCGUCCAAUUAAGGACUUAACCACUGCAGAAUGGGAGGAGGCUGUGUUUAAGGACAUCAGUCCUCUUAUUAUACUUGUUCAUAAUCGUUACAAAAGGCCAAAGGAAAAUGAAAUGGUUCGUGAUGAAUUGGAGAAGGCUGUCCACAUCAUCUGGAACUGCAGACUACCAUCUCCAAGGUGUGUAGCAAUUGAUGCUAUUGUUGAAGUUGACUUGGUGUCUGCUUUACAAGUCUCUGUUUUCCCCGAGCUCAUCUUUACUAAAGCAGGGAAAAUCAUGCACCGCGAGAAAGUGAACCGAACAGCAGACGAGUUGUCCAAAAUGAUGGCAUUCUUCUAUUAUGGAGCUGCCAAGCCACCUUGUCUCAGUAGCAUCUCCCUAUAAUCUAAGCAAGCGAUUAUAAGUGUCAGACAAGUCUCCGGCCAGGGGCAGGGAUGAGGUUUGGCUGUAAACGAAAUCAUUAAGAUGGGCCGGGAUGUCCUUACUGAGCUCUUGCUCGUGUUCUUCAAGAUUUUUGCUGGUUCCUCGGGUGCUUAUCGUUGGUGCAGUGGCCCCCUAGUCUAUUGCUUGCGCAAGUGUGAUAGCUGUAUGGCAUGCGAUUUAUGUACAUUACUCCAACUUAUUUAGUACCCAGGAAGCAGAUAUAUCUCAAUUCUCGUCCAAAAUCGUUUUAGACUAGGUUUAUUGUCACUUUGUAAAAAUGGGGCUUGGACAGUGGCAACUAUAUUCUAGAUCCUAUUUUUUCACAUUUUCACAAAUAUGACUUUUUACUCAAAUCGAAUAAAUUAAAACCAAGGUCAACUGGUUUUGAAAUCC